UUUAUAAGAGGGAACAUUAUUUAAAGAAUAUGUAUUUAAUUGGAAAACUCUCUAUUCGUCUAAAGGCUAUAACAAGAAAGGGGGUGUUUUCAGAGGUGGUAGGUGGUAAAAGAAGAGGUCAGCAGGAAGAUGGCGAAGAGCGACCAAAGACCAAGAAAAAGAGGCAGUCAGGCAAAGAUGAAGAGUAUUAUAUCCCUUACAGACCUAAAGACUUUGACUCUGAGAGAGGGUUGAGUCUCGGUGGAGAGGGCAGUGCUUUUGAACAGCAGGCCUCUUCAGCUGUCCUUGAUCUCAUGGGAGAUGAAGGCGAUCGCCUUAACCAGCAGAAGAAAAUGAUGAAAUGGGACCGUAAGAGGAAGCGUUUUGUGAGAGAAACGGGAAAAGAAGACCAGAAGAAGAAGAUCAAAACAGACAGCGGUCAGGUUAUCAGUAACAAGAAGAACAGGAAGAACUUUUAUGAGGAGUGAAGGAAAAAAUACAAGAUUGAUGAUACAGGAUCUGGAUCAGAUGGAGAAACAGGCGGAGGAGGCAGAAAGCCAGCAAGAGGUCGUGGCCGUGGCCGACGAGGUCCAAACGUACAGAGCUCCGGUGACCACAAAGCACGCUCGGAGCUGAAAACAAAGGAUCAGAUCAUGAAGCAGCGCAAGAAAAAGCAGAAGCACCAGUUCCUGCAGG